GCCCCCGGCGCGGGCGGCCCCGCGGCCGCUCCCGCCUCCCCCCGUCCCGCCCCCGGAUGUGGCGGCGCCGCCGUUCCGGGCCGUUGUCACCGACGCUCCGCCGUCGCUCGGUUGUGGGCGCGGAGCCGAGCGCGCCGCGGGGGAGCCCGGCCGGGCCACUUUUCCAUAGUACUGAAAACUUAAAACUGAAGACAGUUUCAGUUACACAGAGAACAUACUGACUAAAGGAGGUAUUGUUUGGACUAAUGAUAUCUUCCACACUGCUUUUGGUGUUGUACCAGUGAAGGGAGUCUUGGCUUGCAAGCACCUACUUUUCAUUGGCUCAGGAUAAGCAUAAUUAAUCUUGCAGAUUAACAGAAUAUCAACUCUAAGGGAAGGAGAAGCAGGAGCUUAAAGGUGCUUUUGAAGUUGAAAAUCACAGAUUCUGAACAUGGAGUGGGGAGGAGAGUAUUCUCUUGAUUCUUCCAAUUUAGACUGUUUGUUAAAUGUUCUCCCUGGAGAAUUGGAGUUUCAACAAAUCCUUAAUGAUAUUGAUGAAAAAAUAAAGAAGAAUUCUUCUAGCGUCGAACAGUGUCUUAAAGACCUACAAUCAGAAAUAAAUGAAAAAUGUACUGAUGAACUACUACAAAAUACAACUGAUUGCCUUCAGUGGCUAAAUAACUGCAAUUUUAGUUCUCUCAAACCUUCUUCCACAGACCACAGAGAGCUGAUGGAGUUCCUUCGGACCCUGCAAACCUUGCUCAAGAAUGAACAAAAUCAAGAAGAAAUGAUACUUCACUUCCUUCUGGAUCUUUCUAGUCAGUGUGGUGUCUCGUUUCCUUGUACUCCAAGUGGGACAUCUCUUGAGUUAACAUCUUCUGUUCAUGCCAUUGAGGAUAAUUCAACCAUGGAUGUUAAAUCUCUUUGGGAUGAUGUGAGAUUACAUCUUCGGCGAUUUUUAGUUAAUAGACUGCAAAGUCAAGAAGAAACUAAUACUUUACAACAACAAAUGCAGUUUAAAACACAGUGCAUACAGCAGCUUUUGUUUCUUUACCCUGAAUCAGAAGUCCUAACCAAGUAUCAAAAUAUGCAGAAGAAACUGGUUAGUGAUCUUCUACAGAACUGUCUUCUGUCUAGCUGUGGUGAGACAAAUUUUGAUAAGGUGGUUCAUGGGUACCAAAGUUCCAUACCUACAUUGUGCACAAUGAUAAAAGAGGAUUUGUAUGUACUAAGUGAAGCUAUUGAUCCUUCUUCAUCAUUGACGUUUAUUAAUGAAACUUAUCUCAAUACCAUCACUGAAGAAAUGACAGUUCUCCUUGAAAGACUUUGUGAGCUGCAGUUCAAAGAAAAUGCUCUACAUAUUGUUAAGGCAAGCAAGAUUUCAAAGAAGCAUAGAGGAACAGUUCAUGCUGUGGCCUCCCAAGAACACCACAAAAAAGGAAGGAGCUUCUGUUUAACAUUGUAUCAGCUCAAAUGUCUUUCUCAACUUAUUGAUCUCUUUUUACUAAUGGAAGAAAAAAUUGAAGAACUUUCUGCAGAAAUUCUGUUGGUGCCUUCAUUUGCUGAGAAGAAUAAGAAUGUUCAAGGAGUUCUGAAGAAAGCUAGUGGGGAGCUUUUAAUAGGAGAAACUAGAGCAAAUGAAACCAGUGUGCUUCCUGAACAGUUACUUCAGGUAAAAGAGCCCAUUUCUCUGGAUUUUGGCUGGAGAAAUGCAUUUAAAGACCUGUCGUCUUCUGUGGCUCACUGUAUAACAAUAGCAAUUGAGGAUUUUUCAACUAAAAUUCUUCAACAUGAGCAGAAAGAGCAGUCUUCAGCUGCAGGCUAUGCAAUGAGUCUUGUAAACAACCAGCAAAAGAGGAAGUCCUGGGGAGCAGUCCAACAAGAGGAGCAACCAAAACGAAUUGCUAAGUUUUGUUCUGACAUCAUGGAAGAACUUGACACAUUGCUUCCAUUGGCUCUGGCAUGCAAAGAUGAUUCUCUUCAGGAAAUUAGAACAAACUUUGUAGAGGCCUGCAGCAAAGUAGCAACAGCUGUCCUGGCAAGACUAGAGGAGAGAAGCAAAGAUGUUCCCUCCAAAGCUCCACUGCAAAACUUGUAUGCUGCUCUUUCCACAGCAAUACAUGUCUUACAGCAUUUUACAAUGUAUAGCAAUUUAAUGAAAGAAACCAGCAAAAAACCCCUGUUCCUAGGGCCUGUCCAACAAUAUCAGGAAUUCAUCAACAUUCUCCAGUUUCAAGUUACAAACUACUGCGUCAGAGUUUGUGCUACAAGCAUUUUACAGGAUGCCGAGAGCCACCACUGGGAUGACUACAAAGCUUUUUAUGAGGGGGAAAGAUGUUCAUUCUCUGUCCAGAUGUGGCACUACUUCUGCUGUGCUCUUCAGCAUGAUCUAUGGACUAUUCUACCUCCCAAGUUAGCCCAGGAGAUUCUUACAGAAGUACUGGAGAAAUCUUUGGCUCUACUGUCUUCCAGAUAUUCUCAAGCCUCUCCCAGUUACAAGAGAACUCCACAAAUCAGAUUUGAUAUUGCAGCAAUUCUGAUGUCCACUGAAAAUAUGCUCUGGUCAGUUUGCAGUUCAGUACAGGAAUUUCUGAAUCCAUCUAAAGAUCUCAUGAUCUAUAAAAUACAUAGCCAUUGCAAUACCCUGCUCUCUGUGCUAGCUAUUUUAACUUCACCACUGAAGAAUUUGUAUGAGACAUUUAUGAACAAUUCUGGUGAAUGUCUUUCUCAUGACUUUUUGAAAGAAAUCUUUAAUCAUCCAUUACAUUGGUUAUCUUGCAUACCACCAUCCUGUUCUUCCUUAUUUAAGACUACAUCAGUCAGAGAAAUGGCAGCUCAGGGCCAGCUGAAACUGCUCUUAUCCCAACCAUACUGCAAUUUGAACUUGCUUUUGGAAACAUUGCUAUGUCACGAUUGUCUCCUACUGAAAAUUUUACUGAGGAGUUCAAGAAAUGAAGUGUUGAAUUGUGAUGAACAAAGUUCGUUCUUAGAACAGAAAACAAAUAACAAAGACCCUACUGUCAUUGAAGCAAUCUUUACAGUAUUGUCUUACUGUAUUUUAUCACCCAAAUCACUUGGCAUUGCUUUUGAGACCUACAUGGAACAGGAGCAUCUGUGGGAUUGCUUAUGUACUAUGACAGUUUCCAGUUGUGGUGACUCAGAGCCAGAGGUUAUCAGAUACUUGAAGAUGACUUUGAUUAAUUCAGUCAAGGGUAUAGUGAAGCAGAUAAUUUCUCUGAUGCAUUCAUGGGAGGCAACAGAAAACUAUGGAACAUAUCAGCACAAGCAAAUAGUUCCUGAAAGUUUAUUGAAAACAGUUCCAAAGGAAUGGAAUUAUACACCUCGGGAAAUGAAGAGAAAAGAAUCUGGAAAAUGCUUCACAAGGCUUGCAGCUCAGGCAGUAUCUAUUGUAAUCAGCAAGUUACCUACAGUGAUUGCAUGUUUGCCUCCCCCAAUUAAGUACUUCUUUUUUCUGGCUGAGAGAAAAAUGUCAAGAAACUUUGCUGAAUUGAAGAAAGCUGGUCUGCUUGUCUGGAACUUGAUUGUAAUUAUAUGUCGGAUAUUUGAGGAUGGAAAUACUGCAGAACUUUUAACAGGUGCAACACUUGACAGAUGGAGCAAAGAAAAACUCAGUUUAGUUCGUGUGUGCUUAGAAAGUAUUAUGGGAAAACAGAAAAGUGGUCCUAAACAAGUGACCCAGAAGGUUAUACAGAGCAUUGAACAACAAAGACCAAACUGGAUUGAAAGCCAGUUGCUGAAAGCAAGAAAAUUGAGCACAGACUGUGCCUCGGUUGCAGUAGAAGGUGCGAUGUUAGAGGGAGGAGGUAUUGCACUUGAAUUCACUGAGCAGAAAAUAAACAUGAUGGUCCUGGAUAUCUGCCACAAACCAGGUGGCAGCGAGUACCUGAGGCAAAUUUAUCACAUCAUCCAGCUCAAUGAGGAAUAUUUGAAAGAGCAGCUGUCUUGUGAGAAUUCCUCUGAAGAGAGUGUUACCUCCAAUGAGUGCUUGCCUUUGACACUGAAGGGCAGAGAAGAGCAGCUUGUCUUCAACCCUUUCCAGGUGCACAGCCAAUCUUGUGCAAAAGUGUUCAAUCAGUCAGCUGUUACUGAAUGGAACUGGGAUUGGUCAAACUUGCUGCCAAGUUAUUCGGGACUGAAUCAGAUGACCUUCAGGAUGCUGCUGGCACACAGGUGGGAAAUGAAAGAAGGUGCAGAUCUUGAAGAUGACGAGAAGGCUAUGGUGGAACACUUAAAAAAUGUUUAUUUUGCACAGAACACUUCUACCUCGGAGGAUAAAGAAGAAUAAUUACUUUGACAGAUUUCGGGUAGCACCUUUUUCUGAAUUCAACAUGAUUAACUUAAUGGCUUAGUUAUAACUGACAGGACUGGAAAGCUCAGGAAUAUGUAUCUUGAGUAGGAGUUUUAAACUAAAGUAUAUUCCCCCGUUACUGUCUAGUCGCCCCAUCCAAGGAGGAACUGUUAACACAUGUAUAAGGCAAGCGAGAAUAGAUGAAAAUGUGCAUGUCACAAAACAAGUGAGUUGUAUCUUGAUCCUGUGGAGGCAUAAACCCUAAUGACAAACCAAGAACUGUUUUAAAAUCCUAGAACUCACAGUGGCAUCUAAAAAUAAUAUUACUUUGGACAUGUUCUAAGCAAAAAAUGAUUAUGUGUUUAUAUCUAUCAUUCUGGAGUCAGAGUCCAGAAUCAUUCUAUCAUUCUAGAGUCAUUCUGCUACAAGGUCCUGUCAGAUCAGAGCUCAAGCAGCUUUUUUCUCCCUUGGUGCUUGUGUUCUAGUUAGUUAGCGUUGGCACUAGAUCACCCAAACAGUGUGGGAAGGGACAGGCAUCAACCAUAGGUCUAGAGUUUCUCCUUAGUACAGGGUCCUUUGUGAGUAUUGCUCUGGGACAAGAAGCAAAACUGCAUCAGCCCUUAUUGCACUCACAAAGGCAGAACAGUCCUAACUCAACAUCGUGUAGGUUAUAGUUUAAAAUGUACAUUGUAGCCUGUUAACCACAUUUAAAGUUUUGAGGUCCAUCUUUUUAUUAAAAGAAAAACAGUUUUUGCAUGGGCAGUGCUCAAAGUAUUCUAGUGAGUGCUCUAGUGCACUAAGUCAAAAUAAUAAAGGAUUCAGCAUUUGUUUCUGAUAUAGUAAAAUCCCAUUUUAAAAAUAAUCAGAUAUUUUAAUUUCCCCAAUAUUAAAUGAUUUCUUUUUCAACAAAUUCUUCCUCAUUGGUUAAAAAUAGCUAGUGGGAUAGAUAGGUGGCUGUUGUGAAAAUGAUUUUUAUACAGAAGGUGUAGCGCUAUAAAAAUAAUCCAUCAUUUUUCUGUUUGUUGCUUGUGUUGGAAGUCCAAGGUAACCAUUUUCUUUGCCUGAUGAAGAAUCCUGGCAUGAUCUUGCUAAGGCUAUAAUCUGAGCUGCAGCUAUUUCUGUUCCCACUGCUAGAGCGUAUGCAUACUGCUUCUUCCCACAGAUGCUAUUAUGGACAUAACUCACACCAGUUGAAUAGAACGAAUGCUAGUUUACAGUGGUGUAACAAUGAAGAAUUGAGCCCAAAGUAUUCUUUUUUUUCCCCCUAAAGACUUCAGUAGCAUCGUGGGAGACCAUAAUAGUAAUGCUGGCAUAGUGUCUAAUCUGAAAUGCAGUUUUUCCUCAUCUUAAUUGGUCUUUUUUAUAAUGUAUAUAAAAUAUUGGACCAUUUAAAAUGAAAAUGGGGACCACUGCAUCUCACAAAUCUCCAAAGAUCUUAUUGCAAAACUGCAUCAGUGAAAGGGAAGUGAGGCACUGGUAUUUCAAAAACGUUAAGAAUAUUAUUUAUGAAAAGAAACAGACCUUUUCCUCUACCAUUGAGAUAGUCAUUUCAGAUCAUAAAGAAGUGAUGAAGGGUGAAAAACGAUUUUUCCUUGCUUUGUAUUUCAGCUUUAAAAGAUUAGUUGUGAUUUUUAGGCUUAGAGCAUGGCUACAGGGAGCGCCUAUGAUGGCAAGUGCAAUAUGCUGACAAAUGAGGCAUACACGCUCCAUGUCAUACUAAUAAUGUGUCAAUGCAUGUGGAAGUUGGAGUACCUGGAAUAUUCUUUCCUAUUUUGUCAAAAUCUAUUGUACCUAAUUAACUUUUUGUGUAGUCAUAUAAAGUCAGUUUUUCUCUAUGUGGUGAAACUGUCUGAAAUACUUUUUGUGAAGAAGCUCCCCUUCUGGGAAACACUUACUCUGAAUAGGAUAAACUUUGCAAGUGAAAUAACGUAACCCAGAAAAACAAACAAACAAAGAAAAAAACCACCCGCAGUUACUCUGAAAUGAGAAUGUCCACAUGCAGAGUUAUUCCAAACUGGUUACUGGGCUUUAAAUUCACAAAACACCUCAUCCUGGAAUAAUUUGUAAACAGUCAUGUUAAAAAAAUAUAAAAAAAUAAAUCUUUAUGCCCCUUCCUCCCUUCUCUCCCUGCCAGAUUAACUCAGGAGUAACCCACUGGGUAGCACAAGGAUAAUUUUAUCUUAGCUUUUCUUAGUAGGAGUAUAUUUAUUAUCUUUACCAACGUAAAGCUGACAAGAUAGAACAAGAAGUCUGAAUAAAUCCUGAGUCUAGGCACAAUAUUUUAUUUGGAUGUUUUUCUUAUUCAAACCUGUAUGUCUUUUAAGAGUGUAUGAAUGUAAGCUAAUAUGCGUUUGAAACUGAACUUGUCCCUGAAUCCCUGGUGAGAAAUAGCAGGGCCUGGUCCGUUUGCAAUGUAAUGAUCCUAAUAUCUGACCUUCAGGAUAUAAAAGUAAGAGCAACAUGGCAAAAUCACUUAUACCAAGUAGAUACUUUUGCAACAUUCACAUUUGUUCAAUGGAAUUACAGUAAUUAUAAAAGUUGGAUAACUAAGACUGCUAAAAGUAUGCCGUUAAUUUAUCAAGACUGUAAACCCUUCAUUGAAGAAAAAUGAAAGACGCCUGAAAGCUUAAGGUUAUAGAAUUAGAAAUGCUUGUUUAACAGAACACUGCAUUCUUUGGCUUUUUGUCAUAAAACAACAGGUCUACAUUCUUAAAAAAAGUUUUGCUGAUUCUAAAAUUGACCUUCAUUUUAGAUUGCUUUCAUUUUAGAGGGUGAUGGAUUCAUAGGGCUGUAGUGUUUUACUCUCAUAUUUUAUGUGUUGGCUCUUUCUCAGUACUGGUUGAUUCAAGAAUGUCUCACACUUUACA